UAAUUGGUAGGCGCAAGUCAGACAAUGCAACACACUUUCAAAAUGCAACACACUUUGAAAGGCGUUGACCAAGAAUGGUUACCGAGUUGACAAAAGACAUCCGCUAGAACGCGCCUAUUGACUUGAACGUUGACAAACCCAUUCUAUUCAUUCUAUUUCUAUUUUACCUUCGCGUGAGACCAAGCCGCGCAAGUGUUACUAUGGUGACCAGUGAGAGUUCAGGAAGGGAUUGUGAAUCCAACAGCUAAUUUGCGUAGGUUUGAAACCAUAAUGUAUUUUUGGCUAAUUGUACUAGAGUAAUGGGCUUCUAGGCUGGUUCGUCGAACUAUUAUUUGGACAAAAUAUGAAUUCACGUAGUACUAAGAGCCCAGGGAAAACUAGAGCCAAGGCACCGUCGAAGGGAGCAGUCCAAUCAUCAGAUGCAGGUGCCUCCCCCCAGCGCAGACAGAGCACUGGUGUGACCCAGGGUGGCCAGUCCAAAGGCAAAGCUGAUGCUGCCAAGACAAGACGUAACACCUCUGCCAGUGCCAAGACAGUGCAACCACCAAAGAAAAAUGUAGAGCUGACUCCAGUGGAGCUAGCUGCAGUGACCAUCCAGCGGGCCACUCGAGGCCUGCUGGCCAGGCGAGAGCGGGUUCGGAGACAGAAGGAAAAACAGGACUAUGAAGACCUUAUGGAUCGCUUGGAGAAAGAGGCUUUUGUGGCACUGGUACGAAGAGAACAGGAAGAGGCGGAGUGGAAAAGGAAGAAGGACGAGGACGAGAGAAAGGGGAAGAAGGAAGAGCAGCUUCUGCGAACUCGACUUCUGGAAGCAGCGUUCGAUGGAGAUGCAGAGGAAGUGUUAGCAAUUUUGAAGGAGGUGUCUGAUAGGGACACAAAGCGUGGCCUUGGGUUGGAUGAAGCAGGCAAACGCCAGCGGCUGCUAAACCAACUUUUCAUGAUUAACAUCACAGAUGCCAAUGGCAACACAGCAGUGUCAGAAGCAGCAGGUGGGGGUCAGCCGGAAGUCAUCACCUUAUUGGUGGAAAGGGGUGCGGACAUAAACACACGGGGUGCAUUUGGACGGACUCCAAUCUACAGAGCUGCGUUUGGAGGCCAUCUUGGGGCAGUGCAGACUCUUCUACAGCUUGGGGCAGACCCGAGGACCCAUGCAGAGGAUGGUAGCACUCCAGAGCAGGUGGCUUCUGAAGAGGCUGUGGUUGCCACUUUACAGAACUGGGAUCUGAGUGCCACUGACUCCAUGCUGUCGAAGAUGAAGGCAGAGGAACAGAGGAGGGCGGAGGAAGAGGAAAAGCAGAACGAGGCGGAGACUGACCGGGGGAAACAGUGCAAACGUGCAAACCAAAAAUGGCCUGUGUUUUCCCCCAGCCUGAAAGGGGAGGUGGAUCAGCUCCAGAAAGAGCAUGAGCGAUGCCAAAGAGAGCUGCAGAAGACCUUCGUUGAGCUGAAUAAGAGGAUCACAGAACAUGAUACAUGUGUGAGGAAGGGUGGUUCAUGAAGCUGAAGAUGUGUUGGCAAAAGCUCAAAUAGCAGCUCAUGAGGCUGCAGGAAAACUAUCCCUUGCCAAGCUGACACUGAGAGAGCAGUCUGGUGGUGAUGCUGUCCUGGACCGUGGUGGGG